GGAGAGGCCGGCGACCCCGGGAAGGCCCAGCGGGGAAGUCACCGCCUCAGGAUGUUGGUGAUCCUCAAGGUCCCUGAGAUUCCGUCUCUUCCCCUCGCGAUCCCGCGGGGCGUGCCUCGGAGGUGACCCGGGCUGAGCGGAGUUGCUGCCUCCGCAGCGAGCCGGGGCGCGAAGGGUUAACGUACCUGAGCCGCCGCCCCUGCGGCCCCUCCUCCAGCCGCCGGGAAAAGGAAAGUCUCAGCGGGGGCGCGGCCCGGUCCCGUCCCGCCGUCCGCUGCCGCGGCGCCCAGAGCUGCGAUCCGUGCGCCCCGCUCCGCCACCCUGGACCGGGCCGCCAUGUCUCUGUGGAAGAGAACCCUCUACAGGACUGUGUGCCUGGCCCUGGCCCUCCUUGUGGCUGUCACCGUGUUCCAGCGCAGCAUGGCCCCUGCGCAGUUCCUACAGGAUCCCCCGCCACCCACGCUGGAGCCACCCAAAACUGGAAGUCUGGUCAACCCCAACAGCUUCUGGAAGAGUCCAAAGGAUGUGGCGGCUCCCACCCCCAUGGCUCCUCAGGGACCCCAGUUCUGGGAUGUGAGCAGCACCAACUGCUCUGCCAACAUCAACCUGACCCAUCAGCCCUGGUUCCAGGGUCUUGAGCCACACUUCCGGCAGUUCCUAACCUACCGGCACUGCCGUUACUUCCCCAUGCUGCUGAACCACCCAGAGAAGUGUGAAGGAGACAUCUAUCUCCUCGUGGUGGUCAAGUCGGUCAUUACGCAACACGACCGCCGUGAGGUCAUCCGUCAGACCUGGGGCCACGAGUGGGAGUCAGCCGGUCAGGGCAGGGGUGCUGUUCGUACCCUCUUCCUGCUGGGCACGGCAUCCAAGCAAGAGGAGCGAACCCACUAUCAGCAGCUGCUGGCCUACGAGGACCGUCUUUACGGUGACAUCCUACAGUGGGAUUUCCUCGACAGCUUCUUCAACCUGACCCUCAAGGAGAUCCACUUCCUUAAGUGGCUUGACAUUUACUGUCCCAGCAUCCCCUUUGUCUUCAAAGGUGAUGAUGACGUCUUUGUCAACCCCACCAACCUGCUGGAGUUUCUCUCUGACCGGCAGCCCCAGGAAAACCUGUUUGUCGGCGAUGUCCUGAAGCACGCUCGGCCCAUCCGCAAGAAAGAUAACAAAUACUACAUUCCCACCGUCAUGUAUGGCAAGGCCACCUACCCGCCCUAUGCUGGCGGCGGGGGUUUCCUCAUGUCUGGCAACCUCGCUCGGCAUCUCCACCAUGCCUGCGACACGCUGGAACUCUUUCCUAUUGACGACGUCUUCCUGGGCAUGUGCUUGGAGGUGCUGGGAGUGAAGCCCACGGGCCAUGAGGGCUUCAAGACCUUUGGCAUCUCUCGGGUCCGAGGCAGCCGCAUGAACAAGGAGCCCUGCUUCUACCGGUCCAUGCUUGUGGUACACAAGCUGCUACCCGAUGAGCUGCUGGCCAUGUGGGGCCUGGUGCACAGCAACCUCACCUGUUCCCUCAAGUUCCAGGUGCUCUAGUGUUGCUGGGCCGCCAGCACCGUUUGUCCUCAAGUGCUUGGGGUCCUGGGACUGGAGAUUCAGUGCACGGCAUAGGUUUGGCCCCCUGUGGGAGGUGAAGGGUUUGGGCCUACUAUGCCCCCGGGUGUGGUGGGGUACAGAGAGCCAGAGAGGAACUCCCAGAAAUUCCCAAAGUGAGGCCCAGGUAGAGCUGGAACUUCCCUGACUGGAGGUCAUCUGAGGACCUGGGUCCUUCCUAGCCUGGGCCUGUAGCCUGCCUCUAUCCUGAUAGGAGGUCCUGGUGACCUCUGAAGGAACAUUUGCUCAGGUACCUGGGCUAGGCCUGACCCCAGUGGGUCUGUGGCUGCCUCUUGUCAUCACAGGGAAGUCUAUUCCUGUGAAAGGUCUCUGGCUACCUGAGGGCCAGGCAGCCUUUGUGGGAGCCCAGCCCUGUGCAGGUCCACAGGCUCACAGUGUAGCCCCGGGCUUGCCUGGAGUCAGCUGCAGAGGCAUGGCUCCUGGCUCUGUCUUCCCUUGUCCAGACUGGUGGCCAUUCUGACUACCUCAGCACUCCUCUAAACCUCAGUGUGGCCUACAGCCCUACCCUGGGCCCCUGCCACAGGGCAAAAGAGCAGUGCUCCUGCUACCCCACCCCCAAGGCACAGUGAUACCUGACCACUGCCCAGGUGGUCACCCUUGCGCCAACACUGACUCCCUUGCCAGAAACUGGCCUGUUUGGCCCUAGACUUACCCAUUCUUCUAUUACUGUGAAAUUUUAUUUAUGAAGAAUUGGAGGGAGACGGCCUUGGGAGGUGUACCUCUUUCUUUUGCUGAGCUUCCCUUCAGCAGCCCCACUCACUGUCCAGCACCUUUAUCCCUCAACCCCUGCCUUUCAGUCCCACUCUGAGCCCUCCUCACUGACACCCCUACUUCUCUGGGGCACUGCACAGACUAUUUUCCCUGUGAAAGAAUGCCAACCUCCUAACUCUGGCUGGGGUCAACUGGAAAAGAUGAAGGCAUCUUCUCUAUUUUCUCAAUAAAACCAGACUGGUUGUUG